CGUCCCCGCUCCGCGUCCACUCCGAGCGGAUCACGGUGAGUGUCGCUACACCCCCGGCUCUCCGCUCCAGCACCGUUUAGGACCAGUUUCCUGUCUAAACGGUUUGGUGUGGCCAAGCUGAUCCUCAGGACCUUUUUAGGAGUGGUUGAAAUCCGUGAACCCGAGGAGCUGUUGGCCCUUCUUCCCCAGAUGUAGAGGGGACUUGUCAACAGCAGCAACCGUGUACACGACUUUUGUGCUCUUCAGUGAAGUUGCUUACCAUGCGUGAGUACAAGCUAGUUGUGCUGGGAUCUGGAGGUGUUGGAAAGUCUGCACUGACAGUCCAAUUUGUGCAGGGCAUUUUCGUGGAGAAGUAUGACCCCACUAUAGAGGAUUCCUACAGAAAGCAAGUUGAGGUCGACGGGCAGCAAUGUAUGCUUGAAAUUUUGGAUACAGCUGGAACAGAACAGUUCACAGCUAUGAGGGACCUGUAUAUGAAGAAUGGACAAGGCUUUGCUUUGGUGUACUCCAUUACAGCGCAGUCAACGUUUAAUGACCUGCAGGACCUGCGGGAGCAGAUCCUCCGAGUGAAGGACACUGAGGACGUUCCCAUGAUCCUGGUGGGAAACAAGUGCGACCUGGAGGACGAGCGUGUGGUCGGGAAGGAGCAGGGCCAGAACCUGGCCCGCCAGUGGAACAACUGUGCCUUUUUAGAGACGUCAGCCAAAUCCAAGAUCAAUGUUAAUGAGAUUUUCUACGAUCUGGUGAGACAGAUCAACAGAAAAACGCCGAUGGAAAAGAAGAAAACAAAAAAGAAGUCAAACUGCACACUGCUGUAAGGGCUUCGGUUGCUCCACGCCAGAAAGUUGUCUUCAUUAACUCUUUGCCAGUGGACGGUGCCAGCAUUCCAAGUCCUCUCCAGAGCGUUAUGAAAAAGGCUGACGUAGAAAGUUCACCACUUGCAAAAUGGCAGGAGAAGGCACAUAUUCUCAAGAAACUUUUCUCCUUUUUAAUGGCAAAGAAAUCCACCUCUUUUGUAUCGUCAGCCUGAUGACAACAGUUCUUUUUUUUUUUUCUGUCUCUUACCCAAGGUGUCUUUCUUCUGGAAAUAUCAAUGUAAAAGAGAAGACUGUGGAUUAAAAUCCAUAUAUGGAAACUAAAAUGUUUUAUUAAAAGUAACAUCAACUUUUUUGACAUAUUGUGAAACUGCAUUUGCAAAAGAAUCAAUGUGAAAUGUUGGUCUUCUUGUACAUUUCUGCACUAACAAUGUCACUGAAGAGGCUACAUUGUCCAUACGUUAUUGCUCCUACUUACAGGGAUGUCUAUUGAUAACAUCUUUCCUAAGUGACUUUGUUUUAUAUUGAGAGCAGCGAGCCUUCCAUAUUUCCCAUAAUAUAUUCUACUUCAAUUUUUGCAUAAUAAAUUAGUAUUUUAUAGACUGAUGGGGGAAGGGGUGUGUACUGAUUUGUUUUGAGCUGAAAAUAUAUUGUACUAAACCACCUCUAAUGCUUCUUGUUGCUGUGUCUCAAAGGAUUUUCCAGCUUUUAUGAAUGAUUAAAUUUUAGUACAUUUUCA